UCCACUUUUCAGUUUUCACUUUACACUGUGUUUUCCACGUUGUAACCGGCCAUUCCGGUAAACCUACCAACUCUCUGUCUCGACCCUUGUUCUCAUAAUCUCCUUAUCUAUCUAUCUUCCUAUAUUUUUCAUGUGUUCUUUCUCUGCAACCUACAUCACCACCCACUCAUCACUGAGUCACAUUCCCCCGAGUCAUGAACUUACUCCCCCUCAAUAUGUUACACAUAACAAAAGAAGAAUAGCCCUUUUUUUCUCAUUACAGAACCAUGAUUUUCCGUUUUGCCCCUCUCCGCAGUCUCUAUUCCUUGAUAUAUGCCAUCACACCAAAACCUUUAGUCGGAGGCAACCACACUUCAGCUCGAUUCUGCUCACGGUAAUAAAAUUCAAAUGAAAUAAAUACAAAACCCAUUUUUUUUCACAUUUUUUGUUUAAUAUUUUAUUUUUCCGAGGAAAAAAAACGAAGAAAAAAGUGCACAAUGGUUACACUGGAACAUACCGCAGGCAAAUCAAGCUCCUUCCGAAGCCUCUUGAUACGGUUGCUUCUCUUAGGCGUUUUCAUCAUCGGAGUUCGAUUUGCUUACGUCAUCGUUAUCGCCGGAGAAUCCUGCACCGUUGCCGAUUUCUGCUUCUCCUCGUUUCACGAGACUCUCAGCCUUGUCAUCGCUGGCGCCGGAGCUGCUGUCAAACCCCUCGCGGUUGAGUCCACCACAGCUGGCGGCGCCGCCUCCCCCGCACGGCCGGAGAUUUACACCAGCAAGGAAUGGACCAAUGCCGUUCGAUUCUACUCGUCAGUGUUAAAGCAUCUGAUUGCCGGCGGCUACCUCUCACCGGCGUCGAAGUCACUGUGCGUUGAAACUCCAACGGGACGCGACGUUUUCACGAUGAGAGAGAUUGGCGUCAAGAGCACCGUCGGAAUCUCUAGGAAGGCGGUGAAACCGCUGGUGAAGUCCGGCCGCGGUCACCGGAUUCCAUUCCCCACCAGAAGCUUUGACUUCAUUUUCUCAGGUGAGGGCUCGCUGGAGAGGUCGCCGUUUCCGGCGGAGUUCGCUGCGGAGGUCAGCCGCACGCUAAAACCAGAAGGGUUCGCGGUGUUCCAUUUGGUAAACCCUAAUGACACUUACAGCUUCAAUUCGUUCCUUGAUUUGUUUGAUUCUUGCUUCGUAUUAGUAAAAUCGCGUUAUAUCAAAGGGUUUGAUUCUUCAAUGCCUCAAAUACG